AAUCAAUAAAUCACAUGCCACCUCAAAAUUAAUCACUUUUAUAGGCUGAUUGGAAUUUUUCAAAAUCAGUAGAAAAUUUCAAUAUCUUAAUGUAGGCUUCAUCUUAGGAGAAAUUUAUUAACUAUAUUUAAUUAAACACCGCAAUCACUUCUCUACAAACUCAGCCAUGGCCUCCAACACUCUCUCGCUUUACCUGCUACUCCUGCUCUCCUCCGCCACAAUCGCGUUCUCGGAUGGAGAUAAUUGUGUUUACACGGUGUACAUCAGAACGGGUUCCAUCUUCAAGGGAGGCACUGACUCGAUCAUCAGCUUGAGACUGUAUGACUUGUACGGUGAGAUGGUGGAGAUAAAGAAUCUGGAGUUAUGGGGAGGGCUGAUGGGUUCAGGUUACAACUAUUUCGAGAGAGGUAAUGUAGACAUUUUCAGUGGAAGAGGGCAGUGCCUGAGUAGACCUGUGUGCGCCAUGAAUCUUACAUCGGACGGCUCAGGACCGCAUCAUGGAUGGUACGUUAACUACGUGGAGGUCACAUCAGCCGGCCUUCACACGCCUUGCUCUCAACAGCACUUCACUUUAGAGCAGUGGCUGGCGCUGGAUGCGGCUCCAUUUGAGUUGACCGCUAUCAGGAAUUACUGUCCUCCGAAUUAUGCUGGUCGGCAAAACGAAGAUCGUAAAAGGGUAUUUAAGUCUUUGUCUUUUGCCAGGUAAGAUUACAUAAUAAGCAUGUUUAGACCCUCGGGUGAGGAUGAGCAAUAAUCUAGUAUGAAAUUUUCUAGAGAUGGUAUAAUUAAUUAAUAUUGAAGAUGGGUUGAGGGAAUUUACUGAUCUACAUAUUUAACAUUGGAUUAUAGUUCUAAUUGUUAUGUCAUUCUCGUAUUGUUAAUAA